UCCCCGAACGAUGAUCUCCGCUUUGGCUGUGAUUCUGGCAGCGGUAGCUGGAGGAGCGUUCUAUCCCUUCAAAUUCCUCCAUGAUCAAGUCUCUUCUCCCUUCCCGGCCGAGGCGCUGCCGACAAUCUCCGGCUAUUUCCCUCUCGGUCGCUCUUCCAAGAUGUUCUUCGCCUAUUACGAGGCAAUCGAGCCUGCCGAGGCGCUGGCGUCGACGCCGAUCAUCCUGUGGCUGCAAGGCGGCCCUGGCUGCUCAAGCAUGACUGGAAAUUUCUACGAAUUUGGUCCCUGGAGGACGGCGCCGGAUCUCCAGCUCCACCGGAACGAAGCGCCCUGGAAUCACAGGUUUGGUGUUCUCUUCAUCGAUAAUCCGCUAGGAACAGGGUACAGCAUCGCUGAGAAAGACGAUGAUAUUCCAGUGAAUCAAGACGAGGUUGCUCGAGACCUCCAUCAAGCUCUACUCCAAUUCUUCAAGAUUGAUCCUUCGUUCAAGAACCGGCCUUUCUUCAUCGCCGGGGAGAGCUACGCUGGAAAAUACGUCCCAGCUCUUGGUCACUACUUGGUGAAGCUAUCCAAGAACUCUUCCAAGAACUCUUCUCCUUUCCGGCUGGAUGGCUUGAUGAUCGGCAAUGGUCUCACGCAUCCGAUCACCCAGGUCCAGAGCCACGCCGCCACUGCUUAUAGCUUUGGUCUGCUCGAUGCUGCCCAGAGAUCCCAAGCGGAAGAUCGAGCAAAGGUGGUGGUGGCAUCGAUCGAGAGAGAAGACUGGCAGGGCGGCUACGAAUUAAGAACACAGUACAUGGAAUGGAUCGAGAACGUCACCGGGUUGGCAACAGUCCUGGACGUGAGAAGGAGCGUUCCAUACCAUUGCUCGGAGGAUGGAACCGAGUUCCUGGGCUUGUUCCUCAAUCGCCAGGAAGUGAAAGCGGCGCUCAAGGCCGACGAUUCGGCGCAGUGGAUCUCUUGCAAUCCUCGGGUGAGGAGGAUCAUGGCCAACGACACGAUGAAGAGUGUCAAGUGGAUGGUCGAGGAGCUGCUGCUCGAGAUCCCGAUCUUGAUCUACCAGGGGCAGUACGACAUCAAAGACGGCGUGGUUGCUUCCGAGGACUGGAUGCGAGAGCUCGAGUGGGAGCACCGGGAGAAGUUCUUCGCGGCCGAGAAGAAGAUCUGGAAAGUUGGGAAAUCCUUCGCGGGGUAUUGGAGGAGCUAUGGAACGCUCACUCACGUUGUAGUUGCGGGCGCCGGGCACCUAGUCCCAGCCGAUCAAGGCGUGAACUCUCAGCAAAUGGUAGAGAAGUGGAUACGAAGCGCGUUACAGGUAAAAGACAAGUAGGCAAAGUAGCCUUUACGUGGCAGUACGGGAUGCUGUGACACGUCAUCUUCUUGUGAGUGGAUUUGCAACGUGGCAGCUGAUUGGACCGAUUAAGAAGAUAGAGGAGGAAGA